AUGGGGCGCACAGCAUGGUUUCGCACUGCGAAGGCGCAGGAUGCCGCGCAGAAGGAGGGGCUCAAGCGCUCGUGGACGAGAGAGGCUGGCCAAGCGGCUGGCCUCUCCGACGAGCAGCGCGAGGAGCGCAUGCGAGAGCGCUUCAGGUGUGCCAUUGACGAGAACGCAAAGGACAAGAAGCGAUUCGAUCCAGUCACAGGCCACUUUGGCACGGGGAAGCAGAGCGACUACCACUUCAUCGACCGCAUUCACAGCUCAAAGUUGAUGGCGGCCCUCGACCAGCUGUCCAAGGAG